CAAUUGGCGAGCAAGGAAAAGCAUUCGCCAUCGCCUUCGAGGCCCUCUCCCGAGACACACGCGAACAAGUGGGGGGCCGGCGGGUGCUUUUCCUCCCGGCUCGCUGGCCAUGGCCGCCGUCCUGCGAUUCGAGGGGAAGCCCUCCGAGCUCGUGCUGCUGGAGCUCCAGCACAACGUGAUCAUGGAGGACGGGUCCAAGCUGGCAGGCCAGGACUUCGGCGUCCUGGAGCUGACGAAGACUGGAGAGGUCACGCUCGCGAACGGCCCCCGCACCUGCUACGGUAAGAUGUCGGACCUGGCCAAGCCGCUCGUGCUGAUGGAAAGGACGGGCCGGCACGAGCCAUCAUAUGGCGGCGACACCGCCCGCAAGAGCCUCGUGCUGAAGGCCCACGGCGUGGUGCGGAAGAAAGUCGUGUUCAGCCAGAGACCGCAUCUGAGCGUCGAGGGGGCUGGCGGAUGAGCCACUGGCUCGUCAGCGCGGCAUGGCGCAGGGGUGCCGGGCAGGGAGCUUGUACCGAUACCGCCACCCUUCCGUUGUUUCCGCCCUUCCCAGACAUGCUCGCGUCGUGAAGUAGUCAGGAGCGGCGGCAUCGGCAACUGUCUCUCGCUCUCUCCCAGCGAGGGGGUCCGCGGAUGAGCCGUGGGCCCCGGCUCGGCGCGGGCCGGCGCCCAGGUGGGCUGCACUCGGACGGGCGCCAGGGGGACGCGCCCGAGUGCCUGCGCAGUCGCCUCUCCCUCCCCUCGCUGCCUCCCUCGCCUGCUCCCCGUGUUUCCCCCUUCCCCCCCCUCUCCC